UCGAGCCCACCUCGCGCUCACCCCUCCCUCCCCGCACACACCACGCACCGGCGGGCAGCGAGCAGACCCGCAGCCGCAGCCCCCGGCGUGGACAUCCACUCGAGAUGCUCCCCUAGGCGCCCCGUUCCCCUCCUCGCCACCACCCCCAUGAAGGUGGCAGCUUGUCCUCAUUUCCUUAGGAGGGCUGGGGGACGUAUGAAUUAUUACCAGCUCACUUACGAGUCUCAGCAUCCGCUAUUUGUAAUUUCUCCAGGUUUGUCGAAUCCGUUAAGCUAGGUUUAGUGUCGCUCUACGUAUAUAUAUGCAUAUAUACGUGUGUAUAUAUAUAUAUUGAAAGUUCAACUUGGCUGAGCUGAAGCAGAGACUCCCAGGGGCCGGUGCCACGGAGGGUGUGAGUGUAUAUGUGUGUGCCUGGGCGUGUGGGAGGGAGAGAGCGAGCGAGGGAGCGACAAAAACUCCAUCAACCCGGACAAUGCCACCUUUCGUUUAAAGCUUUCCAACUGUUAUUCUUUCCCCUCAUUAUCACAGCACCAAGUAAUCCGUCUUUCCCCCACCCCAGCCCGCCUCCCUCCUCUUGGAAGAUAUGAAAGAGAAAGAUAAAGCGGCUGCCUCCGGGCUCUGAUGCGCGCAGCCCGCAUGCCUCCGCCGCCAGAGCCGGGGCCACUCUGCAGCCGCCGCUUGCAACGAGCCGCUUGGAGCACGAUGGGAUACAACUUCUGGUGAUUGGAACACAGCUUCUCUUGCUCUCUCUCUCACUCUGUCACCAGAGGUAGAUGCAGAACCCUGGAUCACAAACUCUUUUCAGGCCUAAGUGAUAAUUGAGUAUCUUGUUAGCAGCACAGAAAUGAAUAACUCAACGUACAUAAACUCUUCCACUGAAAAUGUGAUGGCUCUGGAGAGCCCCUAUAAAACUGUUGAGGUGGUCUUCAUUGUCCUGGUAGCAGGGUCUCUCAGUUUAGUCACCAUAAUUGGGAACAUCCUGGUCAUGGUGUCAAUCAAAGUCAACAGGCACCUGCAGACUGUCAACAACUAUUUCCUGUUCAGCUUGGCCUGCGCAGACUUGAUCAUUGGCAUCUUUUCCAUGAACCUGUAUACACUCUACACUGUGAUAGGCUACUGGCCCUUAGGGCCUGUGGUGUGUGACCUCUGGCUGGCUCUUGACUAUGUGGUCAGCAAUGCCUCUGUAAUGAACCUCCUUAUUAUCAGUUUUGACAGAUACUUUUGUGUCACCAAGCCCCUGACAUACCCUGUAAAGCGGACCACUAAGAUGGCAGGCAUGAUGAUUGCAGCUGCAUGGGUGCUGUCCUUCAUCCUGUGGGCCCCUGCAAUUCUCUUCUGGCAGUUCAUAGUAGGAGGAAGGACUGUCCCUGACAAGGAUUGCUACAUCCAGUUUUUUUCCAACCCUGCUGUCACUUUUGGCACUGCCAUUGCAGCUUUCUAUUUACCUGUUAUCAUCAUGACUGUUCUUUAUUGGCAAAUCUCUCGAGCCAGCAAGAGUCGGAUAAAGAAAGGGAAAAAAGAAGCUGCCCAAAACCAGGAUCCAGUUUCCCCCAGCCUUGUUCAAAGUAAAAUAGUGAAACCAAACAAUAAUAACAUCCCAACCAGUGGGGAUGGAUUGGAGCACAACAAAAUUCAGAAUGGAAAAACCACUGGAGAAACUGCGAUGGAGAACUGUGUUCAAGGGGAGGAGAAGGACAGCUCCAAUGACUCCACCUCAGUCAGUGUGGUUGCUUCCAACAUGAAAGAGGAUGAAUCUGCCAAAGAUGCCAGCCAGACUUCUGCCUCCCAAGACCAUCUCAAAGUGGAGAACUCCAAGCUGACAUGCAUCAGGAUAGUCACGAAGUCUCAAAAGGGUGACAGUUGUGCUCCCACAAACACCACUGUGGAGAUAGUAGGCACCAAUGGAGAGGAAAAACAGAAUAGUGUAGCCCGGAAAAUCGUCAAGAUGACAAAGCAGCCUGCCAAAAAGAAACCACCUCCUUCUAGAGAGAAAAAAGUAACAAGGACCAUUCUGGCCAUCCUGCUGGCCUUCAUCAUCACCUGGACCCCAUACAACGUGAUGGUGCUCAUCAACAGUUUCUGCACAUCCUGCAUCCCUGGUACUGUAUGGACCAUAGGUUACUGGCUCUGUUAUAUCAACAGCACCAUCAACCCUGCUUGUUAUGCGCUCUGCAAUGCUACUUUCAAGAAGACGUUUAAGCACCUUCUUAUGUGCCAUUACAAGAAUAUAGGAGCUACAAGGUAAAAAUAAUAAUACAAAUAAUAAAAAUAAUAACAGAAAAGGUGAAGAAUUUCUAAAUUAAAUAAUAAAACAAACAAAUAAACAACAAUGCCAUAGCACUUUAUGCUCUACUAUGGAAUGUGCAAUCCAGGAUGUUAGUGGAAAUAUUGAGAUGGGGCAUCUGCUCCACUCCUGAGAGCUACACUUAAAACAUUUUUUUCUUUUUUUUUAAAUUACUAACAAUAAAUCUUGAGGACAUGAUGAUGUUUUGAGGAGUUAUUCAAGUAUAUGAUCAGGAGACAGUUACUUUCUGAGAGUAUUUUGCAGAAGGGCUUUAGAAUCUAUGUGUUUUUUUGUUUUGUUAUUUUUUUUGUCAUUGUGUGUAAAAUAUCUAUUUUUUUCUGUGUGUUUAAGAGGUCUUCAUAUAAGGAAAAGAAAUGAGGUAACUUUUAAAAUAACUAUGUGGAAGAAGCAUAUAGGCUUGGAAGGACUUUACAUAAUCCAAAUCAUAACAAAAAGUUUCCAAAGCUCAAGGUUGUCUAAAGUUUUUGUCUAUGUUAUCUGAGAACCUUAAUGUUCUGUAAAUCAUGCUGAAAGAUAUUUUGUUGUUUAUGAUGCUCCCAUUUCCAAAACUGCAUCAUUUCUGAAAGCAUAAUUCUGCUCAACAUGUAACCAUUGCCUAACAUCUGUAUCAAAGUCCGCUACUUGCCCCCUUCUAGGGGAUUUUGUCCCAUGAUCUCUCCACCAAGUAAAAAUAAAAGUGAAAAAAGACAUCCUUUCCAGAUUGCUAAAUCCCAGAAUUGUUUCAGCACCCAUGUAAACCAAAGCUUCUGAGACUAUUUUGUUCACUUUGUUUGUCAUAUGAAAUCUACCCAUGGAUUUGUCUUUCACUUCCAUUUACCUUCCCCUCCCUUUUGUACUUUCUUUAAGAUGCAAAGACUGAAUAUCAAAAGAAGUUGUAAAUUUAAAGGUCUCAUCAAGUCAGCCACGAUGGUGGCCAAAUGAAGGGCCUCAGCUGAAGCAUAGAAACAAGCUUAUUACUAGGAAAACAGAGAUUACAUCCUUUAAAGUUGGAUGUACAGAUGAAGAUGUAUGUUUAGGUGCUACAGAAUGAAUAGUCAAUAUUAGAUGACUAUGCUCUUGACCAGCCAAAAGGUGAUUCUCAUUCACUUACUGAUGAAAAAAUGAGAUUAACUGAUGUGCCCACUUAGAUCAUGCUCUGCCUAAGACCUUAGUGUGAAACCAGGGUCCUACCUAGAUGUAUGCUGGACAAGAUGUUUACUUUGUGGAAAAGAUAUUAGCUACUUUGCCUUUUGUACCAGCUAGGAGCAAUAUUUUCCCCGUAUGCCAAGGGAUAAUACUAAUAAAAAGGCAGAGAAGAAAACAGAAAUUACUAAAAAACAGGUACUGAAAUAGUCUGGAAGAGAGGCUGUUAAGGGCCAUGUUCAAAUAUUAUCUGAUACUCUGUACCAGCUCAAAUCCAGAUUCUUUCUGCCUGGCAAAGAAUUUUUUAUUUCAAUAUUUGACAUUUAUUGUAGCACAACUGAGCACUGUGUAGAUAGGUCAAAGUAUAUCAGAUUACUGAAAACAGAUAUUGUCUGUGAGUGUUGCAUAUUCCAGUUACCUCCUUCUUUGUAACUCUCACUUCCAGGCACUAGUGAAGUUACACCUACAAGUUCUGUUAUCCAAAAAGUAGCUUGCUGCACAGACAGUCUUCUGAGAGACUGUAUUCUGGAGUGAAAGCCACCAACCAACUGAGACACUAAAGCAUUUUAUUAUUUCAUGUUAACACAUAAGAGUCUUCCAAAAUACACUUUAGAAUAGAAGCAUUCAAGAUUGUGGGAAAAUCAAUCCUGCAGGCUGAAGUUUUACAUUUGACAAGCUUAUUGGAAGAGAGUGUUGAAGCACUUUGGCAAUCUGACAACUUUCAUGUUUCAAAGUACAAGUUCCUGGCAGAAAUGGAAAAUGAAGCAGAUUAAACUGCAGUAAAUUAAGGCCACAUUAAAUUUAGGAUCAAUACAUCUUACUAUGCAUUCAUUGAUUUUAUACAUCUAGUGACUUCAUCCUAAUGCAUCUAAGUGUCUCCAUGCAGCCAAGGAUCUAAAUUUGCAACCCUCACUCACAUUGAGCCACAUUUGCUAUCAUAAACUUCAUCUUACUGCUUGUAAGGAAAAAUUACUCAGUGGUAAGG